AUGGCCAACGUCCAGCUGUUGGAGGCGGCGCGCAGGUGCCUGGCGGCCACGGGCGGCGCAGGCACGCUGCUGGUGCAGAGCAACGUGGAGGACGUGGCGGUGACGCUGCGUGAGGCGGCGGAGUCGCGGGGCUGGGAGGCCGUGGAGGACGAUGGCUCCCUCGGGCCCUCGGUGGACGACGCCGUGGACCCGGAGGGUGCCAGCACGUGGCUGCCCCGGCGCCAGCUGCGCCACGUGCGCCUGGGCGGCCGCCGCGCUGCGGGGCCGGGGUGGCUGGCAGCAUCGCCGCUGGCGCCCGAGGCCGCGUCGGAGACGGAGAGGUACUAUCUGAGCGAGGGCCUGCCCAUCCACCGCGUGGCGCUUCGGCCGAGGGCGGCGGG